AUGUUCGAUCCGUUGGAUUUUAUCUCUGGAGUAUCCAAUGAUUCUAUUAGUGUACCGCAGCCUCCGCAAUCGGUGCAGAGCGGAUCAUUGAACAUGGAUACCGUAACCUGCAAAGAUGCAGCUAAAAUAUUGACUUUUACAGACGAAAGUAAUGUUGAUAAUGAACCCAUUUCGACAAUGGACCUUCCAUGUGUUCAAUAUGCCGAUCCAAAUGUUAUAAUUUCUGUUCUACUGCUCUUGCAGCCGGAUAUUCAAGUAAACUUCAGCAGAUUACAGGGAUGUAAUAAUAGACCAUGGCAGUUAAUUGCUAGUGAAAAGUCCAUCACCGCAGAACAGCUGGAUGCAGUUGUAGAGUAUUAUAAAAAAUGGAACAAUGCAUUACUUUGUACAAAACAACAUUUGUGCACUAAAAUACCCGAGUUGCUUACUACUGAGUCCCCAGAUAUUUUGCAAUACUAUACAAAUAUCUUAUCCUAUUAUGAGUCAUCGAGUCAUCCUCUAAGCAAUGAUAUUCUUAAACAUGCUAGCCUGAGAGUUUCAGAGAGGUGUGGUAGGACUGCUCAACCUGCUAUGACACGCAGGUUUUGCAUAAAAGGUCUUCCGAAGGACAUAGAGUUGCAUGAACCUGCAUUGACAAAUGAUAAUCUGGGAUUGAAGACUUGGGGCGGCUCACUGGUAUUGUCCCACCGAGUUCAUCGUAUUCCAGCUUGUGAAAAGGUCUUGGAGCUGGGAGCUGGCACAGGUUUGGUUGGAAUAUCUUAUGCGAUCGCACAUCAAGCUUCAACACCUCAAAUAAUUCUGACAGAUUUGCCCGAUAUUGUCCCUAACCUUCGAAGUAAUAUUAAAUUAAAUAACCUAAAAAACGUGCAUGCAGCGGAACUGGAUUGGACUGAUCACAGCACGUUCAUUGCACAACAUGGUGGCGAUAAAUUUGAUAUGAUCUUAGUCUCUGACCCCAUAUACUCUCCACAACAUCCAAUAUGGUUAACUAAUACAAUAGCCAGGUUCUUGUCACCUCAGGGUAGAGUCUAUAUUGAACUUCCAAUAAGAACUCGCUAUGCAAAUGAAAGACAACAUUUAUGGGAUUUAUUGGCAUCUAAAGAAUUGCAGAUACUAAAACGUGAAAACGAUGAAGGUACUGAUGAAUGGGGUAACGUAAAUUACAUAUACAUAGAGAUAGCUUGGAAAUAG